AGACAGAGGACACAGUCAAACAUGGCUUAUCUGAGAUCUAUCCUGCGUUCAGGGAAGAAUGGUGUUCCAGCGGUUUUGCGGCGGGAGUUUCACAGGACGCUGCCGGCUGCGAUGCAGGUAACAGUCCGAGAUGCCAUCAAGGAGGCCAUGGAUGAGGAGCUGGAGAGGGAUGAAAGGGUUUUCCUCCUCGGAGAGGAAGUCGCACUGUUUGAAGGUGCAUAUAAGGUUACCAGAGGCCUUUGGAAGAAGUACGGAGACAAACGCAUCAUUGACACACCAAUUGCAGAGAUUGGCUUCACUGGCAUCGCUGUUGGUGCUGCCAUGGCUGGUUUGAGGCCCGUUGUUGAGUACAUGUCCUUCAACUUCUCCAUGCAAUCAGUCGAUCAUAUCAUCAAUUCUGCCGCCAAGACCUACUACAUGUCUGGCGGCCUGCAGCCCGUCUCAAUUGUGUUCCGCGGGCCCAAUGGAGCUGCGCCCGGUGUGGCGGCUCAGCACGCCCAGUGCUUUGCAGCCUGGUAUGGACACGUUCCCGGUCUGAAGGUGGUCAGUCCCUGGAGCGCCGAGGAUGCCAAGGGCCUUCUGAAAUCAGCUAUCCGUGACGACAACCCUGUGGUGUUUUUGGAGAAUGAGAUAAUGUACAGUGUGCCGUUUGAGAUGUCUGAAGAGUCCCAGUCAAAAGACUUCCUCAUCCCAAUCGGAAAAGCUAAGAUUGAAAGAAAAGGAAAUCACGUCACGCUGGUGUCUCAUUCCCACGUGGUCAGUCGGUGUAUGGAUGCUGCUGCGGUCUUGGCCAAGGACGGGAUUGAAUGUGAGGUGAUCAACCUGCGCACAAUCCGGCCUAUGGACAUGGAAGCCAUUGAAACAAGCGUAAUGAAAACAAAACAUCUCAUCACUGUGGAGGGCGGCUGGCCUCAGUUUGGAGUCGGGGGAGAGAUUCUUGCCCGAAUUAUGGAGGGUCCCGGUUUCGGUUACCUUAACGCCCCUGCAGUCCGAGUCACGGGUGUAGAUAUUCCAAUGCCAUACGCCAAGCUUUUGGAGGAAAAUACCUUACCGCAAAUAAAGGACAUCGUCUUCUCCGUCAAAAAGAUGUUGAAUGUUUAACAUAAUAGAUUUUCCUACCAGGACGUGUUAAAUAUGAAAUAAUACAUAUUCUCUCCCAUUUCUGCAUCAGUGUUUUGGGAAAAAGGGUUUCCUGUUUCAGCUUGUAUGGGUCUUUCUGUUACAUGGCUCUUCCUUCAUUAAAUUUACUCAUUUACUCAUUUUGACUCCAAAAGGAGGUUUUGUCAUGACGGUAACGUUUAUGGCUGUAAACAACCAAGCAUGGGUAUGAUGCUUAAAUUCUACUGUAGGCUAAAGUAAUAAAAUGUUAUCAAAAAGGGUUGUAA